GGAGGAGGUAGUUUAGAGUUGAAACUUGAAGGGAGAGAAGGAAAGAAAUGAAGAGUCAAUAAAUGCAAGUUCAGUUCAGUAGUUCAGCUGAGAAAGGAGUUUAAUUAAUUUACUCGUUUUGAUUUUUUUUAUUUGUCAGGUUUGGAUUUAUACAAAAAGUCAUCUACCUUCUUUCUUUUUUCUUUCAACGAAUCUCAUUCUAAAUUCUCGAGAGAAGACAAAAUUUCCGGGGAAAAAAUCUCUCGAAUUUCCCACCUAUUCAGCAAAAAGAUUUCUGGGUUUUCGCCGGGGAGAGAUUUGGAGUGAUGGGUAAUCGUUUUAUUUGCAUGACGAAGAAAGACAGCAAAGAACCUGGAUCGAGAAGCAAGAGGAUGGGUCGGUCACAGAGGAAGUUGCUUGCAGACGAAGAGUUAUUGCACAGACAAGCACUGUCAAUGGCGCUUCACCAGCACCAAUUGUCCCAGAGGUUCGACGGAUCCAUGUCUCGGCGAAUCGGGUCGACCAGCUCGAGAAGACGCAAUUUGUCUGAUCCAUUUUCGAAUGGAAAACAGGUGCCGGAUUUCUUGGAGAAUAUCAAAGUGAAGAAGUUUGUUUUGUUACACGGAGAAGGAUUUGGAGCAUGGUGUUGGUACAAAACUAUUGCUCUGUUGGAGGAAGCUGGAAUGCUUCCUACUGCAUUAGACCUCACAGGAUCUGGUAUCAGUCCGACAGACCCAAAUGGAGUUACUACUUUGGCAGAGUAUUCAAAACCGUUGAUUGAUUACUUAGAAAAGCUUCCCGAGGAUGAAAAGGUUAUUUUGGUUGGUCACAGUACUGGAGGUGCAUGCAUUUCUUAUGCACUGGAGCAUUUCCCGGAAAAGAUUUCGAAAGCAAUUUUCAUUUGUGCGACAAUGGUGUCCAAUGGCCAGAGGCCUUUCGAUGUCUUUGCUGAAGAGCUUGGUUCUGCUGAGCGUUUUCUGCAAGAAUCUCAGUUUUUAGUUUAUGGGAACGGAAAAGACAAACCAGCAACAGCAUUCAUGUUUGAGAAACAGCAAAUUAAAGCUUUAUAUUUCAAUCAAUCACCAACAAAGGAUGUUGCUUUGGCAGUGGUUUCCAUGCGACCGACUCCACUGGGUCCUAUCAUGGAGAAGCUUUCAUUGUCGUUAGAAAAGUAUGGAACGGGUAGGCGGUUCUACAUUCAAACGCUGGAUGAUCGUGCUCUUUCCUCAGACAUCCAAGAAAAGCUAGUGAGGGAGAAUCCUCCUGAAGGAGUCUUCAAGAUCAAAGGGAGCGACCAUUGCCCUUUCUUUUCAAAGCCGCAGUCGCUUCAUAAGAUAUUAUUGGAAAUUGCUCAAAUUCCGUAAAAGUUCACACUAUAAAAAUAUAUAUAUUUUUUUAAUAUUUAUACCUAACUUAUUUGUUUUUGAGUUAUUGAACAAAGAAAAAAAAGGAAAAAGGAAAAUGUAGUUCUUUUCUUGAAAUGCUUCAUAGUUUACUCUUUGAUUGUUAAUUACUGUAUGUAGAUCCUGUAGGUCCAUAUGUGUAGUGCAAACUUUGAUAUAGAGAGGAAACUUGUUAAGGAAAGUAUCCAUUGAACAUUUUUA